UAGUUCCAUUGUAUUAAAAACAUGUAGGCGUUGGGAUUGGCACACUUAACCAUUUGCCUCAUCAAUCAAGGUUUGACAUCUUUUCCAUCUGAUUUGAUUUGUCCUGGAGUAACCCGAGUUGUCGGUUGGUGGCCUCGUAAAACAGGAAGCUUUGCCUCUCGUCCUUCACACGGAGGGGAGGAGGCACCACAAGGAAGGGAGAGGCAGACUCCUGACGAAAUAAUAGAAACAUGAGCAAGCUACGUCCGUUUGACCAGCUGAUCGUUCCUCCCAGUGAGAGGAGGGAAGGAAUGGAGGGGAGGAGUGAACACUGAUGCUCCACUAAUCUGCAUGGGAGAGCGGAAUCAGACGAGAGAAACAGCAGCUGGAGUCGGGCGAGAAGUCUUUCCCUACUCAGGAUGGAAAGACUGUGGAGGAAGUGACAUGUUCAAAGGGAGAAAGCACUGGCAGUUGGAAGACUUUGCUUCAAGGCGGGAGAAAAACUACUAACCGAUCACAGAAAACAGAAACAACAAAGGCAGUUUGCAGUAGCAGCAGGUUGAUUUAGUUGACUCGUAACCUUGUGCAGCGAUGUCCUGGUUGUCCCCGGUCCAGUGGGCCAAAUGGACGUGGUCAGCUGUGACGGGUGGCUCAGGAGACGACGGGCACGACGAUGACAAUUCAGACUCCGAAGGAACAUACGAGACCCCAGAGGUAGAGUCUCCAAGUGUAGUGAAUUUGCUGAGCCAGCUUGACAACGCCACGAACACAGACCAAUUUGUCCACAAGAAUUGCAACCAGGAUGAGGUCGAUGCCCUUAAUAACCUGACUGGCUCAUCACCCAACAACAACAGCUUUGGUCUUGGCAAGAACCUCAAUCUGACGCGAACACCCAAGCCUUUGUCCCAGUCAAAUGCUGCAUCACAAGCACAACGACCUCCGUCCCUGCCGGUCCACUCCCCGCUGAAUACACCGGAUCCUUCAGAGGUGGACGAUGAGGCCCCCGUGAUUGCUAACCUGAGCUCAGACUCAAACAAGAUACCCAGCCAUGAACAUGACUUGCUCAAUGGCAACGUCAACUCUGACGGUGCAAAACCAGCCUGCCAGCAAGAGGGAAGUGUGGUCAGCAGCAGCAUUAUCAUAAAUUUGUGUGAAGUAAAGCCGGUGCAGCCCAAGCAAAAGGACCUCAGUGAGCAGGAUGAUCAUGACGGCCAUGCUACUGAUGAGGAGAAGUUGGCCAGCAGCACAUGCCUCAAAGCAGACAAGGACCAAAGCAUUCAAGUCUGUCAUGUAUCUUCCACGCCAGAAGAGCCAUACAACUGCACCCUGCACAAUGAAGACCCAAGUAAGUGGAAGAACAAAUCAGGAGGAGGUGGCAUGCAGAAAACAGGAAGCGAGGUUCUGGACUCCAUCUGCAUCAGUGAAGAGGAGAAAAAGGCUGUUUUAACCCUCAUCAGAGAGGAGAUUAUUACUAAAGAGGCAGAAGUGAACGACUGGAAGAGGAAGUAUGACGACAGCAGACAGGAAGUCAAUGAGAUGAGAAAGAUUGUUGCAGAGUACGAGAAGACGAUUGCCCAGAUGAUUGAGGAUGAGCAAAGAAACAGCAUGAGUUCCCAGAAGGCUUUGCAUGCUGUAACCAUGGAGAAGGAGGCAGCUCUUACAGACCUCAAUUCGGUGGAACGUUCAUUGUCUGAUGUUUUCCGGCGCUAUGAGAAUAUGAAGAGCACCCUUGAAGGCUUUAAGAAAAAUGAAGAGGUACUUAAGAAAUGUGCUCAGGAGUAUCUGGCCAGAGUUAAACAGGAGGAGCAGAGAUACCAGACACUCAAAGUCCAUGCAGAAGAGAAGCUCGACAAGGCCAAUGAGGAGAUCGCUCAAGUGCGCACAAAGGCCAGUUCCGAGAGCUUGGCCCUGACCGCCACCCUCAGAAAGGAGCAAAUGAAGAACGAGUCCCUAGAACAAGCUCUGCAGCAGAAGAAUCAAGAGAUUGAAGAACUCACUAAGAUCUGUGACGAGCUCAUUGCUAAAAUGGGAAAAGUGGACUGAGGCGGACUUCAUUGUGCCUCAAGCAUGACUUGUGCCAGCCCACACCUAAUGCUGCCCCAACACAGAUGUCUCCUACUGCUUCCUGUCUCUGAAAGCAUGCUAAUAGAGACUCUUCACGUGUAGUCAUCUGUUUUGAUUGCAUUUCGUGGACCCCUCGUGCUUUUGGCCAUCCUGCCAGUGGACAACAAUGACGUGCUUGUGGCUUAAAUACAAUUCCCAGCAGCUUAACGGCAUAAUUGUCAUGCAACGGCUACAGCCGAGUGACAUCACAUUUAAGGCGGGCUGAGGUUGCUUUUGAGUCAUGCCCACAAAAGCUUGAGCAUUGUUUCAUGUUAAAGCAACAUUAUGAAUAAUCUAUUCUCCUGAACGUCUCGGGGGCGUCGCGUGUUAGUAGACGGUUGCCAAAGCUGCACGCUAGCGAGAAAAAUGGUCAGUGUCAAGGAUGCAUAUCAUUCAAACAGAUAUAUAAAAAGACAAUCAAUGAUUCCCCUGUGAUUGUAUUAACACUGUGACAUUUUUUAAUUUCCUAUCCGACACUACAACAUCAGUUUCACUGUCACCAAACAAUAUUCACACCAUCAGAGAUAGCUGUCCACCUUCAGGGUUCCUUCAGAGAAAUGAAGGCAAUAGAUCUACAAAACUAGAACAGUUCCAUUGGAACUGAAAGAACAAAUAUAAACUUAUUGGCCACUAACAACACUGCAGGACAGCACAAUUAUGAAUACCAUCAGUUUUUGUUUGUGUGUGUGUGGUUAUGUAUUGUUAGAAUGAAGGCUCCUUCCUGAUUAACGAAAAUAUUGACAGUCCCAUUUUAAUCGGCUUACUGUUCUGUUUUGUACACCUUGACUGUAUAAGAUUGCACUCUCCAUCAUUUGUUUCAGAUCAUGCAGUUUAUUUUCUCUCUCAUUUUUUGUUUUAAUGUGAACAAAAAGCACCUAACAUGAAAUAUUUGUUCAAAUAAAAAGACUAACCAGACUUUUGAGCGUGUUGUGAAAAUUCAUUGAUGAACAGUGGCGUCGCAUCCCAUUAGGCAAACCAGGCAAUUGCCUAGGGCCCCCAGCCAACAGCGGUCCCCAGAGGCCAACAGAUUUAGCACACACAGCUUUACUGCACUGCGACAAGUGUAGGGAGUGUGUCAAGUUCAAAAAUAGAUCCUUAGGUAGACAUUUGUAAAGUUAACCAAAAAUAAGGAGAGAAGACACUCAGUUUUCUUGGCCGAGGAGAGCAAGGAGGGACUAGACAGUGAAAUGCUAGUUUACGCUGUCUAGUCACCAAAAUUGAUCUAAAACUAAACUCCUUGCUCUUUCUUUUAUUAGGGGCUUGUCCUAACACAGAAAGGUGCGGCCCUAAAGGGAGGGGGAAAGCAAGCUGGAGAAACCCAUGUGAUUUUGAUUGGCUAUGUGUGAGCAUGUAGGCGGAACUAACUAAAUACACGUGUGUAAGCAAGGGCAUUUAGAUAAAGUGGUCAGAAUGACCCAGACACUUCAGUUAUGCGACGCUGCGGCCAUGGAAGAUGUCCUCGAAUGGAAGAUGUCCUCGAAAGUCUAGACGUAAGAUGCUGAAGAUGUUCCAGAAGCUCUAGUUACGCAAUGUUGCGGCCAUGAAGCAAGGCAGUUGUCACCCCGACCCUCUUUAACACUUUAUAACACUUUAAACAUUAUACUACAACCUAUUAGAGCAAGCAAUAAUCAUUUACUGGUUAUAUCAAUAAGAAAAAAUAUGUAUUAGGUAUAUAUGAGCACAGGCAAAUAUUCAAUCAACCCUCGAUAAUUAAGUCAACAGAGUGUUUCAAUACCAUGGAAUCAUUUGGCAGAUUAUCUAACGAUUCUAUUAUCAGUCCCAAUCAUCACUAACCAUGUCACGUAGAUUAUACAUGUUUAAGAAAGUCCAAUCAGCUAUAAAUACCACAUGAUUGUUUAAAGAGUGACUCACCAAGUACUCUCUGGAAAGUCCUUGCCAAGUUGUUUUACGUUGAUUUUCAGAGGCCACCUCAUUAUUCAUGUGACUACCUAAAGAAAUUGUGAUUUUUCCAAAAAAAAGUCUAUUAAUGGGUCCAUUGUAUUAGAGCAGGGCGGUAAACCGAAAAUUUACCGUUACCGAAAUUCUUCACGAUGAUCGACGUAAUUUUGACCAUGUCGGUAAAUUCGGUAAAUUAAUAAAACAAGAAAAUAUAGUCUUUUCAUCCUGCUUUGACUUUGUGUUCUUCGUCUAUGUUCAUUCUCCUUUAAGAA